GAAGAAGAAGAAGAAGAAGAAGAAGAAGAAGAAGAAGAAGAAAAGGAUCAAACUUUAACUGGCAGUCCUGAAGGCAGACAACGUCAACGCGUGGGAGUCAGCCAACCCGGGAACACAGCGAGAGUAGACAGAGCAGAGUGACUCGUUAAACUGUGUUCACUUAAGAGAAGAGUAGAUCAGUUCGUCCAGGUCGCCUCAGAAGAAACCACAAUGGCCAAGGUGCAAGUGUUAAAUGUUGCUGUGCUGGACAACCCGAGCCCAUUUGGAAAUCCCUUUCAGUUUGAAAUAACAUUUGAAUGCAUGGAGGAUUUGCCGGAAGAUCUGGAGUGGAAGAUCAUCUAUGUGGGUUCAGCAGAGAGCGAGGAAUACGAUCAGGUUCUGGACUCUGUUCUAGUCGGCCCGGUACCGGCUGGCAGACACAUGUUUGUGUUUCAGGCUGAUGCUCCUAACACAGGGCUGAUUCCAGAGAGUGACGCUGUAGGAGUGACCGUAGUCCUUAUAACCUGCACCUACCGUGGACAGGAGUUCAUCCGCAUUGGUUACUAUGUCAACAAUGAAUACACAGACCCUGAACUACGGGAAAACCCACCCCUCAAACCAGACUACGCUCAGCUCCUGAGGAAUAUUUUGGCCUCCAACCCCCGUGUCACCCGCUUCCAUAUCAACUGGGAGGGCUCGGCCGACAAGAUGGAGGACAGCGAGAACGUCGACCCGUCCCCCAACAUCAGCGGCAUGCUCCCUCCAUCCUGCAUACCAGGAAAGAUGCCACCUCUUGGGCUGAUGCCGGACAACUCCAUGGACUGCAUGUAAAAAUCAUCAGAUUAAGAAAAUGGACAAGAGGUUGUUCUCAUCUCUAUACUCUCUCACAUUGCAAACUCACAUUUGGACAAGAAGGCCAUGGAUGUUUCUACGUUAACGGGCAGCAUGGAUAUGGCAGCAAGGACAUUAUUUUUAUACAGCAUACACGAAUGGGAUGAAUCUGGCAUUGUUACAAACUGUUUGUCUCUUGUUCUUUCUCUUUCACUACACACACAGGCCUGCACAACCAGCUUUGCCUUAUUUUACUAUAUCUCUGUCUUAGACAAUGUCAAAGCUGAGCCAGAGGAUGUUUUGAGUCCUCGGGGUGGGGCCGUUUUAAGACCGCCAAAUCCUCACAGCCCAAGUCAUACUCAUACACUGACGUUCAGAUGUGUUUGGUACCCGCACUGUGCUGUUCAUUGUGUCCUCUUAAGCACUGAUAUGGGCAGUGCUCCGUAUGUAGCACUAGCUGCUUAUAAUAAAGCAUUUCAUUGUUGUGAAAGUUUGUCUUAUGUAAAUGUGUAGCAUCUGGAGUAGGAGUCUGUGUAAAAAAAUAUAAAUAAUAAUAAUAAUUAAAAAAUCUUGGCUUAUGCUGAAUACAAGCUUGUGUUUGCUAGUUAUCCAGAUAACUCUGUAAACCUGCCUCUUCAAACAGGUCCCAGUUCAGUUAUUGUUCUUUAAAAAUGUGACAUAAAACGUCCGUCUCUAAUGAUGCACAAAACAUGUAGGUGAAGGAGAAAUGGAUUCUGGAUUGCAGUUAAGAUGGUUUAGGCUAACUGUAAAUAAUGUUUUCUCAGCGCUUAUAAUGUCUUUGAGAUGAGAAGGCAUAUUUUCAUUUUGUACUUAUUACAUAGUAUAUAUUCUCUGCCUCAGUAUUUGUAACAAUGGGGGUUGUGAUGGGCUUAAUAAAGUUUGUUUGUGGACAUAGUGCUACUCUCUGGUAAU